AUGAGUUUCAACAGUGGUACGCCAACUUCUGAAAGCCCUAUGAGUCUAGGUCAACCUGAUCAUACUAGCGGCCUAACAGGCCAAGACGGCGGUCAACCUGACCACGCUCAUUCGCAAGAUAUGACCGAUACUCGGCAUGCAAGGGACCAAUAUGAUCCCAUUGAUGGUCGACCCGACCGCGACCCUCAACCUGACGAGAACAUUGGCCAAACGUUGGCCGUGAUCAAGGAGGGCAUUAGCAGUUUGGCUGCCGCUUUACAUAGUUUUGUCAGCAACAAGGGUAUGUCUUCCCGUACCACAAAAUCUAAGAAACAUAAACAUCGGAGGGCUUCAUCGGAGUCCGAGCCAUCGGAGGAUGACACGAUGGAUUUCCCGCCUAAACGGCUUCGCGUUGAUGACGACGCUUUAAGUAUUGCGCCGUCCGAUAACGACAUUCAUGAUUUUCUAAACGGGUCCGUCGCCACCGGCGAGAACACGGACGGUAAUGCAGGGCAAAGCAACAAUGGUGACAAUAAUACCGUCAAUGAUACUCCUGCCUCCUUUGACCCAGCAGAAAUCAAGUUUUUAGACUCACUUAAUAAUGCCCUCAACGAGGACGAACAAACUGGACCUAAGGUCGUACAAAAUCUGGCAGAUAUCGCCAUCAAACGAUGGGGUAAACCGAUUGCUAAUGAUAAGCUUAAGACAUUAUUGGCAAAACAUGCCAAGCCAGAAAACUGCGCCGAACUGACGGUACCAGGGGUGGAAAAAGUAUCGGAACCGAGUUGAGAGUUUUGCAGAAAAUUUUCCAGAAAAUAUUUCAACAUUUUGAGAUAACUCUGUUUACUCAACUUACAAGUUACAACGAUUCUACUUUAUUUACACUGUACACGCUAACAUCAGCAGCUUUUAAAUAUUUGACAGAAAUUAAUUCUUUUACCCACCCCUGCCAUCACAAUGACUGGUAAAAUGGUAAAUAUAUGCUCUGCAAAGUCUCCAAUAAAAUGCAAAUUAAAUGGUAAACAAAUAAAGGUGAUGGAAUAAAUAAGAUGAUAGGACACUUACUUAAGUGUUAGAUCCUUACUAUGAUGUUUGUGAUGUUAUUCUGAGUGUGUAUCCACACCGGGCAAGCUUGAAAAAUAUGCCUGGCCACGGUGGGAAUCGAACCUACGACCUUUGGAAUACUAGCCCAAUGCUCUGCCAGCUGAGCUAUGCGGUCAGGUCGGUUCGAGUAUGUAAUAUUUCGGAACUGGGUUUAGUUCCUUCGACAUCAAUGUAAUCUAUGCAUUUGUUUUGUUAUUUUUGUAAUUGUAACAUCACAAAUUUUACAGAAAAUUUCUAGCCUUUGACCCAGGUUCCCAGUAAGAAAAAAAAUUUUUCCACCCCUGGACGCUACCCAGGGUAAACCCUGAAAUCUGGAGCAGCAUGAACAACUCCAAAAAGAGCGCAGACAUACAGUUGAGUAACAUCCAACAAGUUAUGCAACAAGGUACUUUUGGCAUGUUGAAGGCAUGCGAUAGUUUACUGACAACGCCUACAGACAGGAAAACCGCGCUUUCGCAUACAAUAGAUGCUUUGGCCCUUAUGGGGCACGCGGUAGGUGCUUUGUCCCGUAUACGAAGGGACAACAUAAAGCCGACCCUAAAUCCUGUUUAUUACAGUCUGUGUAAUCGGGCUGAUGACCCUGUCCCACAUUCGGGCGAAUGUCCCACAUUCUUUGGCGAUGAUUUGGCCAAACAAGUGAGAGACGCCAAAGAAACGAGCAAUAUAAGCCACUGAAUCCCUUGGCGUUAGCCGAAACCGGCAACCUCGGAACAAUCGCUCCACAUAUCGCUACGAUAAUCGUUUCGCCAAUUCUCGUCAACCGAGAGGCAACCAAUCUGAAUAUCGGUCGGACAACAAGCCUCAUUUUUGGGGGAAGGGCCAGAAAAAACCGAUGUUCAAAGCCAAACCCGGCAGGAAAUCUUGAGCACUCUUGAAAAGAUUAAAUUAUCGGUAAGUAAAUUUCCCCUUGCUAUUGAAAAUUUAACGAACUACUUAAAAUUUCGAUGCGACAGUUUUAAGGCUGGCAAUGUUAGAAACUCUCUGUCAGCCUGGCAAAAUCUAACUUCUGACCCAGAAAUUUUGAGCACUGUGACUGGCACCAUCAUCGAAUUUGAUACUCCGCCAAUAACUAAGGCGUCUCCUAAAAUUCCUUUUUCGAUCAGGGAAUCUGAUAUUAUAGAUCAGGAAAUUGCAAAAAUGCUAGCUAAAGGUAUUGUUGAGGUUGCCACCCACACUUCAGUGGAGGUUGUGUUCAAUAUUUUUAUACGACCGAAAAACGAUGGCAGCCACAGGCUAAUACUAAAUCUUAAAGGUCUAAAUCAGUUUGUCUCUUAUCAUCAUUUUAAGAUGGACACGUUACAUUCUAUACUAAAACUGAUAGAACGAGGUUGCUUCAUGGCGUCGUUCGACCUUAAAGACGCAUACUAUUCAGUAUCUGUCAAUCACUCUGAUCGUAAAUACCUUCGUUUUGUUUGGCAAGGGGUUCUAUAUCAGUUUACAUGUUUGCCAAACGGGCUCUCAAGUUGCCCACGGACAUUUACCAAAUUAUUGAAACCUCCUUUGACUGUCCUCCACAAAUUGGGCCAUAUCAUUGCUAGCUAUAUUGACGAUCUUUUCCUUCAGGGUAAAACAUUUGAACAAUGUGUCAGUAAUGUGAUUGACACUUUUUUACAAUUCGACGACCUGGGUUUCAUAAUCCACCCGGAAAAAUCUGUCUUUAUACCGUCACAGGAACUGAUUUUAUUAGGUUUCAUAAUUAACUCUAUCGACAUGACUAUCACCCUCACACCUGAGAAAAAAUUGGCUUUACAACACCUAUGCGUGUCUUUAUUAUCGAAACAUACGCCUACAAUUCGAGAGGUUGCGCAAGUUAUUGGUAAAAUCAUUUCAUCAUUCCCGGGGGUGGCACAUGGGCCUUUAUAUUAUAGAGCCCUAGAACUUAACAAAACUGAAGCCCUCAAAUUGUGUAAAGGGAACUUUGACGCACACACAUGACCUUAUCUGCAGAUUCAAAACUUGAACUUCAGUGGUGGGUCCACAAUAUUGUUGAGUCAACAAAUGUUAUCUCACGAGACCAACCGUCCCAUGUGCUCACAACAGAUGCUUCCCUCACUGGUUGGGGAGCGGUCUACGAGGGUAAUCACACGGGGGGUUUUGGUCGGAUGUCGAAAAAUUGUGCCAUAUUAACUAUCUUGAGUUACUAGCGUUGUUCCUAGGGUUACAGACUUAUUGUAAAUCCUUAAACAAUACCCAUAUUCGUGUCUAUCUUGAUAACACGACCGCUAUCGCCGUAAUUAACCAUAUGGGUACAAGUCAUUCCCCAAAUUGCAACUCCCUCGGUAAACGUAUCUGGGAAUGGUGUAUCGGCCAAAAUAUUUGGCUGACUGCUGCUCAUAUCCCGGGAGUUGACAAUACUAUAGCCGAUUCUGAAUUACGCAGUACUAAAACUCACACUGAAUGGAUGAUUGACAACUCAAUCCUUCAGGGGGUAUUGACACAAUUUGGAUUUCAACCAAAUAUUGACAUUUUUGCGUCACGCCUUAAUGCUCAAUUUCCCGCCUAUGUGUCAUACAGACCUGACCCAGGUGCAAUCGCGGUUGAUGCGUUCACAUUAAACCUAGCUUUUCCUCCAUUUAGUGUCAUAGCAACAUUACUACAAAAAAUCCAGGAGGAAGGAGCGACGGGGAUAGUGGUAGUGCUAGACUGGCCAACACAAUCCUGGUACGCCAAGGCCAUGCAAAUGUGCCAAAUGUGCUGAAAUUGCCAGGCCAACCUCGGGGGUUGCACCCCCUACACAAAUCGCUGGUGCUUCUAGUCUGCCACUUAUCCGGCAAGAGCUAAUUGCACGAGGGUUAUCGGAUGGAACCAUUCAAAUUAUAAUGUCGUCAUGGUGCCAAGCAACCGGGAAACAAUAUCGGUGUUAUCUUUUAAAAUGGAUUAGCUUUUGCCAAGAUAAUGGCAUAAAUAUCGAGCGAGCCAGCAUUCAGCAUGGGCUCGAAUUUCUUACAUUUUUGUACAAACAAGGUCUAGGCUAUAGUGCCAUUAACACAGCGCGGUCUGCACUGUCUGCUGUGAUAACGCUGGAUAGCCAGCGUAAGUUUGGCGAACACCCUUUGGUGACCCGGUUUCUCAAAGGUGUAUUCAAACUUAAGCCAUCCCUUCCUCGAUACUCGGUAGUGUGA